CUCUUGAACAACUUCAACGCAUUUUGCCUACGUCGUUUUCCCCCUUCAGUAUUGUGAAUUUUGCAAGUAUUUUUGCUGCAAGGUUGUAUUCCUUAUGUUUAGUGAUUUAUAGUAGCUGUCGAACCGGAUGACAUGUCUGACUAGCGUCUCAGUAGGAGGCUUUUCGUCAAGAGUUUUCAAGUCAGGCCUGUGUGUGUGUUGUUCCCCAUCAGUGCAGCUGGUGGCUAACAAGGCGCCAAACAGAAAUGUCACUGGCAGAAUAUGAGCGACAUUUCGACUCGCUGAAUUCAGAUUUGCCCAGCGGCUCGGUGUUGAGCGAGCCAUCGACGUCGGCCACGUUUAAUGGCGAAGAGGAGAAGUUGCAUUACAUUCCGAUCCGGAUCCUCGGGAGGGGGGCGUUCGGGGAAGCGACGCUGUACAGAAGAACCGAGGACAACUCCUUGGUAGUGUGGAAGGAGGUGGACCUGAACUCCCUGUCUGAACGCGAGCGCAGGGAUGUCAUGAAUGAAAUAAGCAUCCUCUCUAUCCUGGAGCACAACAACAUCAUUGCCUACUUCAAUCACUUCAUGGAUAAAAACACUCUGCUCAUUGAGCUGGAAUACUGUAAUGGGGGGAAUCUGUAUGACAAAAUCGUCCAACAGAAGGGGAAACUAUUUAACCAGGAGGUGGUUAUUUGGUAUCUGUACCAGAUUGCUUCAGCCGUGGCCCACAUUCAUAAGGCUGGCAUCUUACACAGGGAUAUUAAAACGCUCAACAUUUUCUUGACCAAGACUGACCUCAUCAAGCUUGGUGACUAUGGCCUUGCAAAAAAACUCGGCUCAGAGUUUUCCAUGGCAGAGACGUGCGUAGGAACUCCAUAUUAUAUGUCGCCUGAGCUGUGCCAGGGAGCAAAGUACAACUUCAAGUCGGACAUCUGGGCCAUGGGCUGCGUGCUUUAUGAAGUCUUAACCCUAACAAGAACAUUUGAUGCAACGAAUGCUUUAAACCUGUGUGUUAAAAUAGUCCAGGGAAACUGGACUAUGGAUGUGAACCCUGAUAUUUACUCUUCUGGGUUGAUCAAGCUGGUCUACGAGUGUCUCGAUCAAGAUCCAGCAAAGAGGCCAACGGCGGACCAAAUUCUUGACCAGCCUGUUAUCUCCUCCGGCCGACAGGAGCUUGAAGAACGAGUUGCCUUGCUGAAUUCCGCAAUGAAGAAACCAAAGUUGAGUACAGCGACGGAGACGCCAGUUGCCGUGGUAACCACACGCUCGAGGGAGGGGUAUUUCUGGGGCGGAGGCAAGUUCACUCCCCAGAAACUGGACACCUUUAAAGGUGGCAGCAGCGCCCAACAUGUGUGUGCCGGAGAGAGUCACUUUGCGGUGGUGACGGUGGAAAAAGAGCUCUACACUUGGGCUAAUGUUCAAGGUGGAGCCAAGAUGGUGGGCCAACUGGGGCAUGGAGACCAGGCUUCCUACCGGCAGCCCAAGAGGGUGGAGAAACUUCAGGGCAAAGCCAUCAGACAGGUUGCAUGCGGUGCUGACUUUACUGCCUGUGUCACUGAUGAGGACCAAAUGUACAUGUUUGGGUCAGACUAUUACGGCUGCAUCGGUGUGGAGGGAGAGAUGGGCAUGGAGAUCUUUGAGCCGGUGCUUCUUGUGUUUUUUGAGGAGCGGCCAGUCCGUCAGGUGUCUUGCGGAGACAACCACGUUGUGGUGCUUACCCAAAGUGGCGACAUCUUCUCAUGGGGCUGCGGAGAGUAUGGGCGUCUGGGUUUGGAAUGUGAGGACGAUUUUUCCUCUCCGAUGCAAGUGGAACUCCCCAAAGGCGCCACCAUCUCUUCUGUGUCAUGCAGCAGUGACGGAACCUUCUUUUUGACAGACACUGGCAAAGUCCUGGCAUGUGGAAACAAUGAAUUCAACAAGCUAGGUCUGAACCAGGAAUUCUCUGGCCUCAAAAACCACACUGGAGAGGGUUACCAGGGUAUCCCUUAUACCACCACACUGACUUUGGCAAAGCAGCUGUCACGUUUCAAGAUUCAGUCUGUAGCGCCAGGGAAGUCCCACACUGCUGCCAUUGAUGAACGCGGUCGCCUCAUCACCUUCGGCUGCAACAAAUAUGGGCAGCUUGGUGUUAAAGAUUUUAAGAAACACCAAGGUGUGCAAGUUCUGGUUGGCCCUUUUGGAGGAAAGAUAGUCACCAAAGUGUCUUGUGGGGAUGGCUUCACCAUAGCAGCCACAGAGGACAAUCAGAUCUUCGCAUGGGGAAAUGCUGGAAAUGGACGACUUGGAAUGCCUGCUGAUAAAGGAUUUGGUUCGGAGGUUUGUCCUGCCAUGCCAAGGCCAAUCUUUGGAUCUUUGCACCACGUACCAGACCUUUCUUGUCGUGGCUGGCACACCAUCAUAAUUAUGGAGAAAGUGCUCAACUCCAAGACCAUUCGCUCCAACAGCAGUGGACUGUCAGUUGGUAGCGGAAUUGGACAGGAUGGUUCCAUAUCCACUGUGGAUCUGGAAAUGGAUCCAGGUUCAGAGACUGAGUGUCGCGACAGAGGCCUCGGGGGUACAGUGGAGGUUGAUCUGGAUGCUUGCAACUUGGAGACACCAAUGGUGUCGAUGGCAAAUCAGACUGGAGACAGUUCAUGUCCUCUGUGGCUGAGAAAGGAGCUGGAGGAUGCAGAGUUCAUCCCCAUGCCAGAGGACUCGCAGUCUUCUCCUGACCAACUCGCGUCUUUUUCAGAGAGCACCACUCUGCCGUAUCAGAACCUGAAGGAGCUAAAAGCUGUGGCAGCAGCUGUCAGCAGUCAACAUGACUUGUCGACUACACGAACGAGUGACGACAAUCUAAACGGACUGGAGGGGGCAGAGCUGUACAGAAAAGGAGAAUCGAUCACAUGCUGCAGAGCAAGUGUGGAGGUUGCACAGCUGCGAGAGAUGGUCACUCAGCAAGAGAUGAGGAUCCAGAUACUGGAGAAGCAGGUCAGUGACCAGCGAAUGGAGCACGAGAGGUUGUUAGCUGCAUUUAACCAGCUGAUGGAAGCAAGAUGUGACAGUAAUGGCAACCAUUGUGCCACUCACGUGUCUGAGGAUGGAGGAGGAAGAGCGGGUGGAUUCACACAGCAUGGGAGUAGACCUGCAGGCGCCAACUUGUGAGGCCCUGCCUUUUG